CAAUAAGUUUGGCUUGUGCUUUUGCGAGUACAAGCCACGAUCUUGCGUCUAUAAUCCAGUGCCAGGAAAUCACCGCAUACAGAAACUCACGACCUGAUGGUAACGAAAGAGGAAAGUGGAAAAGCCAAUCAUAGCAUCAAUACAAAGGAGAAGACACAUCUGUGUUCUGAGUGUGGGAAGAGUUUUGCACAUCGUUCAUACUUAAUUGCACAUCAGAAGAUCCACUCUGUAGAGAAACGGUUCACAUGCACUCAGUGUGGGAAGGGUUUCAGAUAUUUAUCACAACUUAAUGAACACAUGAUGACCCACACUGGAGAGAAACCACACAAUGAAAAAAGAUUUUUGAAGGCUUCAAACUUGAAGGUCCAUUUUAGAGUUCAUACAAAGGAGAAGCCUUAUCCAUGUUCUGUGUGUGGAAAAACGUUUGCACGUCCAUCACUUGUAAAAGAAUAUGAGCAGAUCCACAUUGGUGUUAAAAAGUAUGUGUGCCUUGUGUGUGAGAGGAGUUUUCUUAGACCUCGAGCAUUGAAACAGCACCAGAAGAUUCACACUGGAGAGAAACAACACAUCUGUGAUCAAUGCGGCAAAGCGUUUUUGAGGUCUACACAACUAAAGAAGCAUCUUAACGUUCAUGCAAAGGAGACACAAUCAGUUCUUUGAUAGUAAAGAGUUUUACACUUCAAUUUACCUUACUGAAAACUCUAUUUACCAACAUCAGAUUUGUUAGUCAACUGUUAGAAUGGUAAUACACUCCAAUCAUUUCUAUAUAGGACACACUCUAUCACAAUUAGCACGUCACACUAAAAAUAGGUUUUUACUAUACAGGGCAGACCGCAAACCUUGUGCCAUUCAUCCACGAUCAUCAGCUCAUACAGCAUGAUAAUGCUCAGCCACAUGAUGAAGGAUCUGUACACAAUUCCUAGAAGCUAAAAACAUCCCAGUUCCUGCGUGGCCAGCGAUAUUCAACAGACUCUGUCACCCAUUGAUCAAGUUUUGGCGUAUACAACAGCGUGUUCCAGCCAAUAUCCAGCAACCUCACACAUCCAAUUCCUGGAAGCCGGAAACCUCCCAGUUCUUGCAUAGCCAGCAAACUCACUGGACAUGUCACGUAUUGAGCAUGUUUUGGCAUAUACUACGAUGUGUUCCAGUUCCAGCCAAUAUCCAGCAACCUCACAGCCACUGAAGAGGAGUCAACAAACAUUUCACAGUCCGUAAUAAACAACCUGAUUGAAUCUGUCACAUAUUGAGCAUGUUUUGGCAUAUAUGACAAUAUGGCUAAUAAUAUUGACCUUAAAAUGGUUUAAAUAGAUUAAAAACUGCUUUAAAUAAAAAUUCCUUGCUCUGUUAAACAUAAUUUUGGAAAUAUUUAAAAAAGAAAUAAAAAAAAUCACAGGAGGUUAAAUAAGUUUGACUUCAACUAUACAUCACUUUAUUCAACCCUGGAAGUUUUUAAUGCGCUUUAUAAAUAAUGAAUGAACUGAAAUUAAUUAAAUGGAUCUCAGUAACUACUUUCCAGUCCAAUUUUUCACUCGCUGCCUUUUCUCAGUCUCUGUGACUUGGAUGUACAUCAUUAAAAACAUUAGUGUCCACUACUAUAGCAGAGCAUCUGGAUGGGUUUAAAUUGAAUGUCUCAAACCAGGCAUGUCCAAACUCGGUCCUGGAGGGCCGUUGUCUUGCAAAGUUUAGUUCCAACCCCAGUCAGACACACCUGGGCUAGCUAAUCAAGCUCUUACUAGGCUUUCUAGAAACAUCCUUGCAGGUGUGUCGAAGCAAGUUGGAGCUAAAAUCUGCAGGACACCGGCCCUCUAGUUGACGUCAUUCACGAUGGUGAAAUGACUAUUGUUUCGGGCUGGGACUCAUAUCAAAAAUAUAUAGUCAGAAGUCAUAAAUCAGUCAGUUAAAACAUCACCAUGAUCUGACAAGAUUCUUACAAUUACGUUUUCCAACCCAAACCAAGCAAGUCUUCUGUUUACCUGUUUCUAAUUUCAUUAGAACUGAAUCAGUUGUCCAAGUUUGGUUCAGAUGGUGCUGUGACGUAUCAGUUAGAAAGAUAUACUUUACACAUUCAAGAAAAAAUAAGUUAUUCAAACUUAUUUUGUUAUUUCUAAAACUGUUUAC